AUGGAGAAUCCAAACAAUAUGAGUGAAUUCAUUCUUUUGGGCAUUACAAAGAAUCCAGAGCUGCAGAAAAUACUCUCUGCUGUGUUUCUAAUCAUGUAUGUGUCCACCAUUUUGGGAAACCUACUCAUCGUGGUAACCAUGAUGACAAGUCAGAGUGUGAGAUCACCUAUGUAUUUUUUCCUUACUUCCUUGUCUCUCAUGGAUGCCACCUACUCGUCUGUCAUUGCUCCCAAGAUGAUUGUGGACUCCCUCUCUGAGAGCACUACCAUCUCCCUCGAAGGCUACAUGGCCCAGCUCUUUGCAGAGCAUUUCUUUGGUGGUGUGUGGAUCAUCCUCCUCACUGUGAUGGCCUAUGACUGCUAUGUGGCCAUCUGUAAGCCCCUGCACAACAUGCCCAUCAUGAGGCCUCAGGUGUGCUGCCUGCUGCUGGGAGGGGCCUGGCUGGGGGGAUUUAUCCAUGCGGUAACACAGCUUCUCUUCAUGUAUCAAAUACCAUUCUGUGGUCCCAAUGUCAUUGAUCACUUUAUGUGUGAUUUGUUUCCAUUGUUGAAACUGGCCUGCAUGGACACCCACAUCUUGGGCCUCUUAGUCAUCCUCAACAGUGGGGUGAUGUGUGUGAUCAUCUUCCUUAUCCUCAUCACCUCCUAUGUCGUCAUACUCUGCUCCCUGAAGUCUUGCAGCCCUGAAGGACGGCAUAAUGCUCUCUCCACCUGUGGCUCGCACCUCGCAGUGGUCAUCUUGUUCUUUGUGCCAUGCAUUUUCUUGUACAUGAGGCCUGUGGCCACUUACCCCAUAGACCAGGCAAUGGCUGUGUCCUUUACUAUUGUCGCACCCAUGUUAAAUCCCUUGAUCUACACCUUGAGGGACACAGAGGUGAAGAACGCCAUGAGGAUGCUGUGGAUGAAACAAGGGACCCUGAGCAGUCACUAGCUUACAUGCUAAGAACAAAUCUUUCCUGCAAGGACAAUGAGGUCUUGC